AUGAUGCCCCCAAGCACUCGAAUUUUUGACUACAUAUCGUAUGCACCUGUUGAAGGAGCGCUACUGAAAUUCUUUCCAUUUCGUGUUUUCGCAGAUUCGUGCCCGUCGGAUUGUUCCGGUCAUGGAGUAUGCCUCAGCAUGUUCGAGCUAGGCCAGACCGCCGAGGCUCUACCUCUAAUGAACGGCUCCCACAUUUACGGGGAUGUAGGAUCUGAUGAGACAGUGGCGUGGGAUUUCGAGUCGAUGUACGCGUGUGUUUGCGACUCGGCAUGGGAGGUUGGACUGGGUCCCGGUCAGCGACAGCAAGCGGAAUACUUCGGGGCGGAUUGCUCUCAGCGGAGGUGCCCUACUGGAGACGACCCUUUGACAGCUGAGGAUGACACCGACUGUGAAGGAAUCACAGCGGAAGGCGGCUUCGGAUUAGGACAGGCGGGAAACAUUUGUCACGUAGACUGCUCGGGCCGAGGGCAGUGCGACCACACCACGGGGGAAUGCUCCUGUUUCGACGGGUUUUUCGGCGAAAACUGCGGGAAAACCACAAUCUUGUCCUUUGACCCUUUUUCGCUGUUGGUGUAG